GCAUUUAUUCGAGACGCAUUUACAGAUUAGCGCAUUCCAUUGAAGAAAUUUAUUCGCCAGUCGUUAUCUAGUAUCACUCAAGACUGUUUUUAAAAAUGGUGCAACUUAGUGCAGCCGUUCUAGUGAUUUUAAAUUUGGCAAUAAUUUUUGCUGACAAUGUAACGCCACCAGAAUCGAAACGGAACAACACUCAGCUGCCUCGAAACUGGAACGAAACCGUAAUCGAUGAUUUCCAUGAAUGUCUCGCCAAAAACGGAAUGACACCUGAGAUCACCGAUGAUGAUUUCGAGAAUAAUCGAGAACAACUGAACUGUUUGACGCUCUGCGUGCUGACCAAGUACGGACUCACCGAUACGGAGGGAUUUUUACGACACGAGCUGGUCGUUCAGGAAAUCAAAAAGUACUUCUAUGGCACCGAAUGGAGAGCACCUGUUCAGGACAGCGCUGCCGAGCAGUGCCUAGUCGAUUCGAUGCCGCGUUUGCCACUUCCAGAAGGCCUGUGCAAUCCGAUGGCGCUCGAAUUCUGGAUUUGCAUUUGGCGGAAGGUUUACGCCGUAUGUCAGGAGUGGCGAUGGAAAAUCUCGGAACAGUGCGAUAUGAUUCGAACCCGGUGUGAUUCUUACUUUCCGAAGACGUGUAGUCGUCUGAAGUAUAUUUUUAAGUAGUUGCAUUUCCGGUUGACUUGUUAAUUUUAAUUAAAGAGAUUUACUAUAGGUCAAAUGGUAGUUAGUUUGAGUAAUUCAAAUCUGAAUUAGAUUUCAAAUGGGAAUCACCCAAAGCAGUUUAAUUUUAGUUUUUUUUUUUCAAAAUAAUUCUAGUAUAUCUGAAACAAGGUUGCCAAUAAAAGAUUUGUGUUUUGCAAAAAAAGUUCUGAGUUGCUAUAAUUUUUCUCACAAAAUCUGUGAUGGUUUUCUGUGAUGGAAACAGCAUAAAUUUAUUUGAAAAGUCUUAAAAAAAGACUAUUUUCCACAUUUCACUUAAGAAAAAUCAAUUAACUUUACCGCAAAACGGGGCAACAUUGAUCACCGGGGUAGCUUUGAUAAACAUGAAAUUUUUCCACAUAAUCAUCAAUAACUAAGUCUAAGUUCAAAAAUCUCAAUUUGGUACAAACUUUUUGAAAAUUUCAAAUGUAAGUAAAAAUGAAAUUUCAAAACCUUGAAAUAUCUACUUUUUCGAAGGCCCGCAAGCAAUCGCCUUUCCUGAUGAAGCCAAAGCGUUAAGAAGUCAACAGGUUGAUUUAUGUGAGAGUUCAACUUUUUUCCUCAGUAAAUGUAUAGUUUUGAUGUAGUUUUUGUUGUAUUUUGAGGUAAAUAUUUGAUAUUAAAAAAUUAGGGACAUUUUCCAAGAGUAAGCCAGCCUAGGAAAAAAUCAGAAACCCUAUUUAAAAGUAAAGUUUGCAGAAAAAAAUUAAAGGGGAAUAGUGUGAGAAUUGAAUGAUGGCAAAAUCCUGUUUUUUUUAGUUAAAGUUUUAUAAGUAAUGUUUAAAAAUUUACCCCCUUAAUUUAUGCAGCUUCAUUGUCCAUCUCUGUCCAUCUCUUGAUUUGAAUUGUUGUUCGGCCUUGACACAUUAAGGAUACAAAUUUAGUAUUUUUGAGCCACCGAAAGUGUUAUAUUCAUUUUUGUAGAAUUAAUUUUAUAUCAUUUGAGUUUGUUCCGAACUGUCUAAGUUUAUCAAUUACUAGCAGUUGUAAAUAUUAUGAAGGUAUUUUGUAUCAACCGUUACAACCGUCAAAAUAGAAACUGAUCAAUGUUACCCCAAAGCAUUAAAUUCUAAACAAAGAUGAAAUCGAUUUUGAAAUCAAAUUUAAAGUAGUAUAAUAAAAUUCUGCAACCAUGUUUUACGUUCAUAGGAGUCCAGCGCUGGUUUUCAAAGUAUGAAACUUGUCACAUAACCCUUAACACAAAUAUAAUCGACAAAUUUUGAAAAAAACGUGAUCAAUCUUACCCCGGAUUACGGUACCAAUCUUAGCACGAUUUUCCAAAACAAAGAUAGAAAUCCAAAAUUUUUGUUAAAAUAAAAUUAACGUUUGUACAAAAUUUAAAAGAUCUGUAAAAUUUGAAAAUAUUUCCAAAACUUUUUGUUCUGUGACACAGAUUCUGUGAAAAAAAAUUUCUCAAAAUUCUGUGAAAUUACAGGGUUUUCUCUGACUUCGGCAACCUUGAUCUGAACAUAAGGCCAUUUAUAAAAUUUGUUGAAUUAAGUAGAUUUUAAGUCAGGAGGUACCUAUUUUAAACUUUGAGCUCAAAACAGAGGAAGUGAAAAAUAAACUAAUUAUUAUCAGUUUAGUUAAAGAGAUUUAGUUACUGAAAAAAAUAAUUUUUAUAAUAUCAAUAACUUUUAAGAUUAGGUAAUAGCAAGGCCGGAUUAAGGGGGGGGGGGCAAAAGGGGCAAUUGCCCCGGGCCCCCCGGCUCAUGGGGCCCCCCGAGGGAAAAAAAGUUUUAACACUUCUUGAAUAACCUACUUCAAUUUCUACAAAUCUAUGAAAAAACUAAAAAAUCGGAAUGUCAAUUUGAAAUAUAACAACUAAGAGCACCAGUACCGGUAAGUGCUAUCCCAGGUGUUAACCCGGGACACAUUUUAGGUCUUAUUUUAGCUUUAGCAGCUCAUUUGCGCACCGGUAAGUCCUAAACUUGUUUCCAUUUUUGCCACUAGUGACGCAUCGAUAGGUAUUGUUGUUGUUUGUUGCUAUUUUCGCUUGGGAAUUUUCCCUAGACACUUUAGCACCUGUCAAAUCAGGAGCUGGUCGGUAUUCAAAUUUCGCUCCUGGCUCACUUUUUUAACACCCAGGGCCCCCGGGAAAUAAUAUCUAGAAUAGUUUUUCUCUUGUAUAAGUUAAGGGGGCCCCCUAGAGUUAGCAGUGAAGAAGUUCUCCUGCAUUUUGCGAGCAAAGAAUAUCAAAAUUGGGAUAAUAUACUUUUUUUGUAGUAUUAGAUUAUGACGGAUUAAAAUCA